AUGGUUCCUUGUUAUGGGAUUUCUAAGGAUGAAAAAGGUAAUUAUAUAAUGGUCAUGGAGUAUAUGAAUAAGGGAAAUUUAAGGGAGUAUUUAAAGAAGAAUAGGGAAUUAGAUUUAGAAAGAAAACUUAACUCCCUAAAACAAAUCACCCAAGGUCUAAAAGAUAUCCAUCGUAAGAAGUUAGUUCAUAGAGACUUCCAUAGUGGGAAUAUUAUCGUGGAUGUUGAUGAGUAUGGAGAAAAAUAUAAUAAUGAACCUAAUAAUAGACCUACGGCUAGGGAAGUAAGUGGAGUAGUAGGAGAAUGUAAACCAAUAAAUACUAAACAAAUCAUUAAAUCAUUACAAGUAGUUUCUCAGGGAAUACCCACAAUAGAUAUCCCUACUGAUAUAAUAGAAAUCUCAGAACUAGAAGAACAAUUAAAAGAGACUAAUUUAGAGGAAAAAGGAGAAACUUCUCUCCAAGCCCAAAUAGAAAUCCCUCCUAAAAACAACUAA